AUGGCGUUCACUGAGGAUAUCUGGAAAGAGUUAUUUGAAAUGACGACCGGAUCAGACCAACUUCCUGAUGACUACGACAAUAUAGAAGACGGGAAUGAGAGAAGUAGAAAGGAUGAAGAUGAACGAAUUACCAAUAAGAGUGUCACUAUUUCUACGUGUAUGGACGCUGGAAAUUUGUCUUUGCUCGAAAAACGUGACAAUCAGUGCAGAAAUUUGACCUGUUAUCCGGGAAAGUAUCUCCGUAAUGGAACAUGUCAAGCACUCCUCACAGUAACAAAAAACUUGGGAUAUUUUCUGACAACAGACUUCCAAGGAAAUGUUUCUUAUCUGUUACCUGUACACGAUCUGUUAGUUAUUAUAUCAGAGGAAAUCAAACAAGCAAUACUGUCUAAGCUUCAGAUAGAUUCAGAUUCGAUAGAAUAUUUGUUUGUUCAAAUAGACCAACCUUGCUUUAAGAGGAAUCAAAUCUUAUCUUCCCCCCAGUUUUCAGGGAGCAUUGCAAUAGGCAUUUUUAUCAAACACGCUGUAAAGAGAGUUGAUAUUGAAAUGCUAUUAAUCGCUAUUACAAACAAGAUGGCGAUAUCGAGAAAUGAAACUUUUAAUCUUCACUUUUCGUUCAAUAUGAAUAAAAAUCGAUUACCUUAUAACCCAUUUAAGAUAUAUCUCACUGAAUAUUUUUCUCGAUGUACUUUACCAGAAUUUGUGAAAUAUCAGGUAGUACAAAAAAGGCAGAAAUAUAAAACUGUUCGAAUAUCCAAACUGUUAACUUGCGUUCAAGUUGCACUUGAAUUUGGCGAAUAUCGUGUAGAUAAACAAUCGAGAACAUUAUUGGUAAUUGGGGAAAAUAAACUCUACAAUUAUGAGUUGUUUGAAAUUUUAUCCGAUGGAUCAGCAAGGAUUUGCACUGAAGACUACAAUGUUGGAUCUUACAUAGGCGCAUUUUCUUCAGAUAAACAAAACCAAAAUGCCCUUCUUUCAAAAAUUACGCUUAUCUUAAACGUUACUUCCAUUCUGUGUUUAUUGAUUUCAUUUCUGAUUUAUGUUUUUAAAAAAGAUUUGAGAACAAUACCCGGAAAAAUAAAUAUGAUACUGAUAGUCUCGCUGAUUCUAACUCUUAUAAUUUUUCAGUUAAGUAAAUUUGGUUCAUCAUCUAAUGUGGUAUGUGUUGGAAUUGGUAUAGCUCUACAUUAUUUUUGGUUGGUAUCAUUUUUAACCAUGACGGUGAGUUCGUUUCAUAUGUACAGAAUUUUUAAAUUUUCAAACAUAAAUACAAGCGUUGGUUUAAAUGAUAUUCUUAGAGUAUAUAUAGCUUUUAUCACUUUUUUUCCAUGCGUGGUAGUAGUUUUAAACAUUAUAAUAUCAUGGCAGGUUUCUGGCAAUGGUAUUAUUGGGUAUGGAAAUAGGGUGUGCUUUAUCGACAAUCCUUAUUCACGAUUAGCCUCAUUCAUUAUACCUGUUGGUAUUAUGUGUCUGUCUAGUCUAUUUUUCUUUGUUAGAACCAUUAUUUCCAUAAAACGUGUCCCCAAAGUUCCAGGAUACCAAUCUGUUAGGAAUGAAUUCGGAAUAUUUUGUCGUUUAUUCACAAUAACCGGGAUAACCUGGUCUCUUCAGAUUAUCGACGGUUUCCUCCCUUUCACAACGUUCUCCUAUAUCUCAUCAAUAAUCAACAGUUUGCAGGGAACAACGAUAUUUAUAGCUUUCUUAAACAAAUGAAUCAUGAAUUUUAAAUGCACAGUCCAAAAAGAUUCGUACAACACUAAAGAAGCUAAAAGAGAGUCAACAGAGGAAUCUAAUACAAUUGAUACAAAAUUAUGAUAUAUUAAUUUUUUUUGCUUUCUUUGUGUAAGCUUAUAAAUGGUUCUCAAUGUAUACAAGA